AUGAGAGUAUUUAUACUGACUAUUGGAGAUAGGGUCUUGUAUUUUCCUCUUGCUUCACAGGCUUUGGGAAACCAUGAGUUUGAUGAAGGUGUGAGCGGAUUAUUGGAUCCUCUUCUUAAAAAUGCCAAUUUUACAAUCCUGAGUGCAAACAUUAAGGGGAAAAAUACCUCAUUAGUGAAUGAAAUGAUGAAAUAUGUUCAUCCUUUUAAAAUAGUACAUUUUGACUCAGAAUCAGUAGGAAUUGUUGGCUACACUACAAAGGAAACUUCUUUUCUUUCACAGCCAGGGACUGAUAUAAUCUUUGAAGAUGAAAUUGAAGCAUUGCAAGUACAAGUGAAUAAACUUACUGCCAUGGGAGUGAACAAAAUCAUUGCACUAGGACAUUCUGGUUUUACUGUGGACAAGAAUAUUGCCCAGAAAGUGAAAGGAGUGGAUGUUGUAAUUGGAGGACAUACAAACACAUUUCUCUAUACAGGCACCCCACCCUCUACUGAACAGCCAUCUGGCCCGUAUCCGUUCAUGGUUGACUCAGAUGAUGGGAGGCAGGUGCCAGUUGUACAAGCUUAUGCUUACGGGAAAUAUCUUGGUUACUUAAAUGUUGUGUUUGACAAGAAUGGGAAUGUAGUUGAAGCAGUUGGAAACCCCAUUCUGCUGGACAGCAGUGUUCCCGAAGAUGAGCACAUUAAAGAAGAAGUAGAAAAAUGGAGGAAAAACCUGGGGAAUUAUUCUGAAGAGAUUGGAAAAACUAGUGUUUACCUGAACGGUACAAGCCAAGCGUGCCGUUUCCACGAAUGUAACAUGGGGAAUUUGCUUUGCGAUGCUGCGCUUUAUGAGAAUGUCGGACGUCCGGAUGAAAAGUCAUGGAACCACGUUUCAAUGUGCAUCCUGAAUGGAGGCGGGAUACGGUCGCCCAUCGAUGAGCAGAGCGCUAACGGCAGCAUCACUGUGGAAGACUUGCUGUCUGUUUUGCCAUUUGGAGGUCGUUUUGAUUUGGUAAGGGUAAAAGGCUCCACGCUGAAAGAAGCUUUUGAGCACAGCGUGCGCAGAUACGGAAGAGGAAGCGGAGAGCUGCUGCAGGUUGGAGGCAUCCGCGUGGUCUACGAUCUCUCCCGAGCUCCUGGAAGCAGAGUUGUGAGUUUAGAAGUGCUUUGCACAGCCUGCCGAGUCCCAGCCUACGUCCCGCUCCAGACGGAUGAAAUAUACAAUGUGACGCUUCCGUCCUACAUGUUAUUUGGAGGAGAUGGCUAUCACAUGCUGAAAGACAAAAAUCUGGGAUACAGUAAAGGUGAACCUGAUAUUGAGGUUGUUUCCCGUUACCUGCAGAGAAUGAAGAGAGUUUACCCAGCAGUGGAAGGUCGAAUCAAGUUUUCUUCUGGAAGUCUUACCAAAGCAAGCCUCACCCUGAUUUCUGUACUGUUCACUGUAACGUUCUUGCAUUCGUGA